AUGUCCACCUUCUGUGAUAGCAUCAGCAGUGCUGGGCUUUUUGAAUUGGGCUUUAAGGGCCCUGAGUUUACCUGGAAAAGGGGUCAUUUGUGGGGAAAACUGGACAGAUUUCUUGUGAAUGACUACUGGCAAUCUCAAUUUAUGCUCACUUUUGUCACUCACCUUAGCCUUGCAGGCUCUGACCAUAGGCCUCUCCUUAUAAGCAUCACAUCUUUUCAAUUACCUCCCACACCUUCUCCUUUUAGAUAUCUUAACAUGUGGUCCUCCCAUCCUCUUUUCCCAAAAAUUAUUUUUGAACAUUGGUUUGACAUCUCACACCCUGACCCUUUGGUGAAGCUUAGCUUACUUCAAAUCAAAACUGGAAAGGCCUUACAGAAAUGGAAUUGGGAAGCUUUUGGAAAUGUUUUCACUAAGGUGACUGGUGCUGAAAUAAAUGUCACAAAAGUUGAACAGGAGGCACAACAAGGCUUUGUGGGGGAGGAGGAACUACUCAGUGCACACAACAUCUUGCUCAAUGCCAUUGAGUAUCAGGACCAAUUUCUGAAACAGAAGCCAGCUAUGAACAUCUUCACUGAUGGGGAAAGAAAUACCAAGUUUUACCAUGCUUAUAUCAAAUACAAAAGGAAAUUGCAGAAUACCAGGCUUCCCAUUGAGACUCAUUACUUCUCUGAUGAGCUGAGUUGUACAAAUAACCUCAAUCUCAUUGAUCCCCAUACAACAAAGGAAAUUUGGGAGGCCAGUAGCUCUAUUGACAGCUCUAAGGUAGCUGCCCCUGAUGGUUACGUUGCAGAUUUUUAUAAAAAAUCUUGGGAUACUAUUAAAGCUGAUGUUAUUGCUGCAGUGGGCAGGUCUAUCAUUGAUAAUGCUCUACUGACACAUGAACUUCUGCAUGAUCUGAAUAAACCUUGUAGAGGGGGCAAUCUGAUCUAUAAACUGGACAUGAAGAAGGCUUAUGACACAAUUAGCUGGGAUUUUAUAUUGGAGAUACUCACUGCUAGGGGAUUUCAUACUUCCUUUUGCCAACUUAUUCACAUACAGUUAAACAACAAUGCCCACUCAAUCCUCCUCAAUGGGAGAACCUGGGGAUCUUUUACUGCCACCAGAGGUUUGAAGCAAGGAGACCCUUUAUUCCCCACCAUCUUCAUCUUAGCCAUAUACUACUUAUCUAGAAUGAUUGAUGCUGCUCUCCUACCUCAAAACUAUUCCAGAUACCAUCAUAGCUCUAAUAUUCCAAUUUCCCACCUUUUCUAUGCUGAUGGUAUUAUGGUUUUUUCAAGUGCUCAUAAGAAUGCAGUGAAGAAAGUUUUCCAAAGUCUAAAAAAGUUCCAACUGCACUCAGGGAUGCAAUUUAAUGUUGAUAAAUGCCAACUGAUCUUUAAUAAGAAAGCCUCCUCCAAUUGUAAGCAAUGGGCCACUGCUUACACAGGGUUUUCUUAUACUCAGCUUCCCAUCAAGUAUCUUGGAGUUACAUUGCUAACUGGAAGAACCAAACAUAUUCAAUUUGAAGAAGUCCUCAAUAAGAUCUCCUCCUUCCUCUCUGGCUGGACCCAAUCUUUCCUCUAUAAUGGUGGGAGAAUUACUUAG